AUGCUCUUCUGCCUCCUUCAUCCAAUGGACCACAACACCGGACCUUUGGCAAGGAAGUCGACAACGCUUUGUGCUCUGCUGCUGGUAUCCAUCGCCGCGCUCCUGCUGCUUGCAGUUCCUGGACAGGCCAUCGUUGAGGAAGUCGGAGUCGCCAAACACACCAAGGAUGGAAGCGAUGUGAAGCUCAAAGUAGUCAGUAAGCAGGCCGGCAAGGACUUGAAGUAUGCCGAGUACAAGAAGCUUUUUCCUACUGUCUGUAAUUUCUUGAUCGACGAGGAUAACAUGUAA